GAAACCUAGAGGCGGGAUUCUCUCGUAAUGGCUUCAGUUCAUUAUUAGACUUCGACAGAUUGUUCUUGUGAAACGAAGAGGUCGUUAUAACAGAAAUUUUGUUCGGGGUUCUUAUGGAUUAUCAGUGCUGUAGUUGUAUUUUGCCGUCGGAUUAACUGUUUUAUAAAUCAUAAAUGCCGAGUUUCUCUUCUUGCUCAAGCCUCAUGUGAAGACCUGUGAGUCACGCAGACAUGCAGAACUUCCAAAACAUUGAGGAUGAGCCGUUUCCCAGCUUCCUUUCCAACGCCUCACUGGGCAGCAGCGGCCGUGCCACUCUCGGCAACGUGACACUGGGCUCUACGUUUGGGAUGCCCAUGGCCGCCUCUACUGUGGCUAAAAUUAGACCUCCAGUAGACAACAGAGGAACUGAUGUUCAAGCAUCAUAUUUGGAAGACGGGCAGAUUUCACUCAUGCAUUCCGAGGGCUCAGAUGAUGUGAGGGAAAGAUUUGCUCUCAGCCUCAAAGAAGAUGCCGAUAACAUAGACGACUUCAUUGCUGCCAAUAGAUUCUCAGAUUUGCUUGUGAAUGUCAAUUUGGAUGAAACGCAGUCUAGUCCUGUUUCCAAAACAUCUCCCAAAGGCGUGGGUAAAUCUCCCGUGUCAGGUUCUGUUCUUCUUCGAGCCAAUGACCUCUCAACUGGUCUUUUCUCAUUUUCUCAUGUUGGAGACAAAGAUACAAUGGCGGCUCAGGCCACAGUGCUUCCAGUUAUGAUGGAGGAAGAGGAAGAUUCUGCAAGUCAUGGCACAGACAGUGAAAGAUGUAGUGGCAGCAUUGGCAGCUUCCUGGCCAAUGAGAUGCUGAUGUCUCUGGACAGCAUGAAUAGUGAUGUCACAGAUGAUGACAUUGAUCUGAACCAGCUUCAUGAUGAGGAAUUGGAGCUGUACUUCAAAAAGCUGAUGCCCCCUGCAAUGCAGAGAGGUCGAGUAGAAGGACAAGAAAUCCCUGUUGAGUUGCCUUCCAGUUCCUCUCAACCCAACUCCUGUGAGGCAGAGAAGAACAGACUCAGUUUUCAUGAUAACUAUGACCAAAGGGGAUUUCGCAUGCCUGAUGUGCGACUGGCGGCCACAGGUAUGGAUUCAUGUCCUGCCAGUGAUGAAGACACAGAGGAUGAACUGGAGGCUUCACAAAACCGGGGAAGAGCCAGAUUUCUCCUCCCCAGUACCUCCAGACAACCGGUGGGAGCGAGCCACCGGCCUCAUUUUCGACCUGGGUUGGAAGGAGGGAGCUCUGAUGAGUCACAGACUGGCAGCAGGCACACUGAUACCAGGACAGGCAUCGAGCACCGUCGCUCAGCAGAGGGACAGGUCAUCAACUCCCCGAUUGCAGUGUCAGGUGAUGGAGGAGGAGGUGAUGGGAGUAGUGGGAGUGAGGAAGAUGGAAACGAUGGCGGUGUAUCAACCAUUCCUUUGCCUCCAAGUGUUCAGAGCACCUAUGAUGUACUGCGUGGCUUGGGCAUCGUGGGAGGAAGUGGAGAGAACAGAGCUGAUGAUCAGCUUCAGUCUUUGCCAAGCAGAUCGGGCAUGACCAUGCAUAGUCAGAUGGGUGACCGUGUUGGUCCAGUUGGCACAGGGGAGGCUGGUCAAACUGCUGUGGCAUCUGGACCUUCUGGCCGAUGUCCUGUCAACUGGAACAUGAGUCUGGAUAGACAGGAGGUUCUUGAUGCAAUGGAUAACCCAGCCGAAGGUCACCUGGACUCCAUGUACUUAAGGGCAGGUGCUGGUCACAACCCUCAGGAUACCUCUUCCUCAGUCAGUCCCUUCCUACAGGGCACCCAGAGCAGUUUUCACCUCUCCCUGGUACUUCAUGAAUCUCAUAAUAAAUUGGAACAAGGGAUUGACCUGGGGCAAAUUGUGGAUCUUGGUGUCCUGGGACAACGUGGUGGCCCCUGUGGGGAUUCUCCAGUUCUAAAUGAUCAGCAGAGCUCCAGCAGUAAUGGAGAUUUCAAUGAGUCUCUGGAUCCUAAGUACCUCUCCCAGAGCUUUAAUGAGAAUGACAAAUAUCAUGAUAUUUGGAGUCAUCAACCAGAUAAUGUGGAGCUUGAGUUGCAGCAAGGGCCAAACGAUACGCAUAGUGUGGUCUACCAGAAUGAAGAGGGAAAAUGGGUCACUGAUUUGGCCUAUUACUCCUCAUUUGAAAAAGAAGUGGAGGCCAAGAUCCCAGAGGAAGUUGCAAUGCAGUUUCAGUCUGAAGAUUUCCUUGGUGGCGAUCAAGCCAUGGAAAAGAUCAUUGAGGAUCAAGAGGAGUUUGAAAAGGAACACCAGUUUAUGCAGGAAGAGCAGAUUCAGGCUGUUAACGUGAGUGAAGUGCUUGGAAACACCUCUUGGAAAGUCCCCUCUAGUAACCACAUCCUCAUGAGGGCUUCGCAGGUAUCCUCUGACCUUGAAGCUGCUAACCAAAGUUAUCUACGCAUUUCAUUGGGGGAGUUUUUUCAGAGACGCUCUGAAGCACUUGGCCGUCUCAGCAGCAGUGAAGAGGACUAUGUAAAAAGGCCUUCUUUUGGAUAUGUCAUCACUUCCCCUGAGAAGAGGGAACCCAUAGCAUUAAUUCAACCCUCAGAUUCUUUCUUCAGAGGAAGCUCAAUCCACAAUGAGACAGUUCAGCAGAAUGAUGCUGAUGAGACGCUGCAUCCAGAUGAUCUAGAUAAGACUCUUGAACCCAAGCCAGCCGAAGACCCACUGGAGAGUAACGUACAACCACAAACAACUGAAGAAAUCCUUUCUCAGAUCUCUGCACAGUAUGAAGAUCAGGAAAGCUCUGGCACGUUUAACUCCAGUAGCAACCUUCUGCUCAGCAUCAGUACAAUAGCCUCUGCAAUUGCUGAUGCCUCCAUUAGCUCAGAUCCAGCCCAGCUCGCUGCAAUGAUCAUGGAACUGUCCAAACGACGGCGCUCUAAAACCCAGCAACGUGUAGCAGGUGACAUGGAUAUGAGUUCUGUACCAACUUUAAAUCAGAACCGUCUGCUGGAGGACUUGCAGAAGACCACAUCGCUGGGAGAUCUGAGCACUCCUGACAUGGAGAAAUAUCUAAAGAGGGCUGAGGUGUCCAGUAGUGAUAGCGAUGCCUCCGCCUCACACUCAUGCUUGGACAUUCUCACCCUGGCUGAUAGCUUGGCCAGUUCUCACAAACCAACACCACAACAGUCGCCAUCUCUGGAAAAUGGAACUGCCAAUCCCCAUGAAGAGUGUUCAGUGAGGGAAGAGCAACAGGUGAGCAAAAAAUGUCAGGUUUUGGCAGGGAAUGUAUCCAAACAAACUGAAGAAGCUCAUGGAGUGUUGCCGACUGCAAGGUCUGAUUUCAAGCGAAGUGCGAUUCCACGACCCAAAGGAAGCAGUUUACCGACUGCCACUUCACAUCCACCCAAGCGAUCUUUAGGAUCUGGGCAGUCGUCAUUACCUUCCUUAUGCUCUAAGCUGAAACCUGCUGAUUCCAAAUCUGGCUUUGAGAAAAACAAAAAUGAUCGUUCACCUCUUUCUACAAGUAAGGCCAUCCCUGAAUCCAAGAUUAAAAUAGGAACUGCUCGACCACAAACAUCAAGCGCUACGGCUGCAAGUAACCGCCGGUCUCUCAAAGGUGAUGGCUCCACAUCAGCUCCUGCUUUUGUGCCAAAGUCCUCACCUGGCAUUCGGGGUAGUGGCAGCUCAGAGCUAUCAUCACUGAAGACCUCUCCGAACACGGUCAAAAACAGGACAACAGCAGAACGCACAAACAAACCCAACAUAAACCAGGCACGGUCACCCAGAAGCCCCAGAGCUGCUCAAACUGUUUCAAAAGAGAAGACUGCAGUUGUUGACCGGCAGGAUUCACUACCAUCAACCCAAGAAAAAUUUGGCUCACCUGAGAGCAUCGUCCCUGGUGUUGUGGAGGUCAGCCAUUGCAAUUUCAGACCAUCUACCUCCCCUCUUACCCACUCCAGUCCAAGCCAGACCUCCAUUCCCAGUGCCUAUGGGGAGACGUCUCCCUGCUCCCCCAGCAGUGGUAAGAACCAGAGGAGUCCUGCUGGAGAUCCAUCUUCCCCUCAGUCUCCUUGUUCAAGCCCGUCUCUUAGCAGACUCACUUACCUCUCCAUUAAUGAGAACUCUUGCAUGCCAACCCCUGACCACCAUAAAAAAAACAACUCUAUGGCCCUAAGCACCACCAUUAUCAGAGCAAGCCCAACACCUCCAGUGGAGCCAUUUGAAAAUGGAAAUAUUCUGAGUUCGUCAGAGAGUCUAGAACCUCUUUGCCAUGCUGAAAUUCCAAGUCUGACCCAAAAGACCUCAGAUCUGAGCUCGCGCAGCGAUGGCGACUUUCACAAAGACUAUGGAAAUGGCUAUGGUAAAGGCAACUGGCCUUCUGAGCCCGGACGGCGAUUGCACACUCAAGGGGAUUCUGGGUACUCGAGCAAGCUGAAAAUUCAACAUCCACCUGGCACUUCUGCAGAGACUCACCAACUGUUGCCUCACGUCUUAGGAUCUGGAUCUCGUUAUGGUAUCGCAGAUGAUUUGACAUAUGGGGCGGGCACAAACUAUAGCAUACAGGGUGCCCUGGCAAACCUUCCCUCGGGUGUGCCGAACCUUCUGACAGGGCGUUCUCUUUUUGCUCCUCAACUGGCACAGCAGUAUCUAAGUUCAGAAGGAUCUCUGCACACUCCGGCCUAUCAGUUAGGAGGCCCGUCUGGGUUGUAUGGAGUAUCGGCUACAAUGCCUGGUGGAAUCCCACCUGUGGGUCAUAUGCAUGUACUUGGUCCAUCAAAUCUUCAGUCUGGUUAUCUGAACGCUGGUCAGCAUCCUCCUCCUCAGUAUCAAGUUGGCAAGGCUUACGGACAACCAAGCAUUGGGUCAUGGGCCGCACGAGACUUUGCAGACCUAAGAACUCAAGUGGUUGUUCCUGAUGAGCUGAAGUUUCCCAGUUCCUGCUGUGUGGGCAUUGCCUCUCAGACGUCACUCAACAUUUUCAACCCUUCUGAGCGCUGGCAACAAGUGUCCAUCUCCGUCACAAGCCUGUCCAUAGAUGGAGAGAAGGUGGUGUCUCUACCAUUCCAGUGGCUGAUAGUUAAGAACAAGACUAUUAUUGGGCCCAAAUGUACAGAGGAGCAGAAGGUGUUGUUUAUAGCUCCUAAGGCUGGCUUGUAUCAGUGUACUCUCAGUGUGUCGUCCUGGCCUGCGUCUGCAGAGACUGAAACUGUGGCAAAUGCUGAAGUGUUUUCCAAGAAAGUGGUGCUGAUCGCUGUGGCUGAAAACCCCGCCAUAGAGGUGGAUGUUGGAAAGACUGGCUGUUUGGACUUUGGGGAUCUGUCGGUGGGCAGUUCCAAGGUCUUGCCACUCAAAUUGGUCAACAGGACUCAUGCCACCGUGCCAAUUCGGCUGGUUAUCAGUGCGAAUGCCUCAGCUUGGCAUUGUUUUAGUCUAUCCAAGAGCCCGGUUGCCAUGACCACGGAUGCUUCCCUUCAUUCUGGCACAAACAUGACCUCGCUGUCAACUUCAUCAGUAAUAAACCAUGUACUGCAUGCCAGUUAUGCGGAGAAUCAGGAAAGCUUCUUGGUGUGGGUUCAUUUCAGUGCUCCACAGAAGUACAUUCCAAGUUCAGGGGAGUUAGGGCCAGCUGAUGAGUAUUGUGCGAGGGUGGAUGUUGAGGUGGACAGUCCCGGCCCCAGUCAUGUCAUCCAGAGUGUAGCCCUGAAGGCGAGGUCGGGCACUCCCAGAGUGCAUGCACCCAAAGAUUUGCAGACGGUGUGUCUUCAAGCUCCUUUUGGUCAGACAGCUAAGCAGACUCUUCCCUUGAAGAAUGCGGGCAACAUUGACGUUCAGCUGAGACUAAAGAGUGCUGAUGGGGAUGGCUGCUUCACUGUGAGGCCAGAUGAACUGACUCUGAGAGCUGGAGAGGAACAGAGUGUUGUGGUCUCAUUCACAGCCCAGGGCACACAGCAACCAAGGGAGAGCAUGUUGAUCAUUCUAGUUCUGCCUGGUGGACCGCAGUAUGAGGUGAUGGUGAAAGGAGAGGUGCUUCAGGGGGUUUCUGGGAAGCUGACAUCCCCAUCUGCUGUAUUACAACAGGCUGAAGUCCCACCCAUCCUAUCUAACAAACAAUUCAUGGCGUGGGGAGGAGUUACUCUUGGCAGAGCUGUGCAACAGAAACUGGUCCUAAGGAACAACUCCCCCUCCACAUCACAGCACCUCAGGGUUCUCAUCAGGGGUCAAGACCAAGACUGUUUCCAGCUGCAGAGCUCGUUUGGUCCAGAUGAGCGCCUGACACGUAACCGAGAGCUGUCAAUCAAGCCCAAAGAGGAUGUAACCGUUCAUCUGCUCUUUGCUCCCACCCGUGUUGCAUCCAUGCUGGCCAAACUGGAAAUCAAGCAGUCUGCUGCACGCGCCUCCCAGCCUGGGGUCAAAUUCACAAUCCCUCUGUCGGGUUAUGGUGGCACCAGUAACGUGAUCCUGGAGGAUCUGAGGAAGCGUUCUGAUGGCUAUGUGGCCACGCUGAGUGGAGUGCAGACCGGCAGUGUCAGUAAGCUGUGUGUGUGCGUGAGGAACACUGGUUCACGUGCCGCCUUCGUGAAAGCGGUACCCUAUAGUGACCUUCAGAAUCGAACUGUUAUGGACUCGACCAUCAUCAGCCUCUCCCCUUCACAGUUUGUCCUGAAAGAGAGAACACAGGAGGUCAUCACAAUAGCGAUGAAGGCUUCACGCAGAGAGCAGGCUCUCUGUCAGUCUGGUGCAGCUCUCCUCGCCACCGUGUGCCUUUUCUGUGGAGAUGAGGUCUCUCGACAGCAGUUCAGAAAGUUACUACAAAUCAAACCAGAAGCAGGGAGGAAAGUGCUGUCUGAAAACAGUUUAUUGAAGAAUAUCCCCUUUGAUGAAAUGUUUCUAGGAGAGGAGCAGGUUCAGGAAGCCUAUGAUCUGCCUCAGAGGCCAAAUGAAGCUCAGAUUUUCUAUGGCAACAUGAGCAAGGUGAUGCUGUGUCUAUUUGGAACUAUGGAGAUGUCAGAUUCUGGAGAGAGCGACCAUAUGGAGUCCAUCAGACCCUCACAACGGCAAACUUCUGAAUCAGACAGUUCACAAUGCAGUGGUUUGGGGUCGUCGGGCCGUUACAUCAGUAACGUUUCCCUGGACGUGCUGCCAGUCAAAGGUCCUCCGUUAAGUCCAUCAGAACCUGUGCCGAAGCUGGAGAACAGCUGGAGCAUCAAGCCUGAUCAGCUGGUCCUCACCGCACCCACUAUCAAUGGUGUAGCUGACACCAAGCAUGUGCAGAUCCUGAACCGUUCAAACAGAGAGCUGAGCUUUGAACUGUCCUGGCCCGCUCACUGCCUGACUGUCACCCCACAGCAUGGAGUCAUUGAACCCCAGAGCCACUUGCAAAUCCUCAUCAGUCCCAAUCCAUCCCUGGCAAGCAGGUCCAGUAUGCUGCCCUGGAGUGGACAGAUCUAUGUGCAAUGUGAUAAUCAGCAGACGUCCAUUAAAGUUCAGAUCCGGCAGGAUUUGGCCAUGGAUGUCUCUGCUGCUAGCUGUGCUGUAGAUCGAUCUUUGUGCCCGCUGCCACCUCAGGCUGAGACCCCCACUGUACCAGGACAGAAACCCCAGAGCGGCAGCAACCAGCCUCAGGUUGAUAUUAAGAACCGAACCCUUGUCUUUCCUUCCACUGCCUCUGGGGAGUCAUCAGAAUGUUCUCUGGAGGUGGCGAAUCAUGGGGAGGAGGUGAGGUGGUACCUCUCUUCAUUUGCUCCUCCUUAUGUCAAGGGCGUUGACAGCAGUGGGGAUGUUUAUCGUGCGACAUACUCUGCCUUCAGAUGUGAGAAAGUGUCUGGGACUCUGGGGAUCCAAGAGAGGAUGAAGGUGCCCUUCACUUUCUUGCCACGUGACAGGGGGGAUUAUGCCCAGUUUUGGGAUUUGGAGUGUCAUCCAGCAGCCAGACCCCAGCACAAGAGCCGUGUGCGCUUCCAGCUCUGUGGCACUGGCAUAAAAGCAGGUGAAGAAGCUGGUGGUAGAGAAAAUUGCUCACUUGUGAAAACAGAAGUCACUGUGAAAAACAGGAAGAGACUGGAUUCUGCAGGCUCAAAAACAGGGUCCCAGACUGAGACCCAAAAGAGGGGCGUGUAUGCACCCCAGGGUCUGUACAUGUUUCCUGCCAUGCGUGUGGGCACCACCAGCACGCUGAAGGUUAACUUCAGAAAUAACUCCUCUAAUGUACACGAGCUAAAUUUCAUAAGUCCUAAAGAGCCUUUCCACAUCAAGCAUUCAAAUUAUUCCUUAAGAUCACAGCACUACAUCAACCUCCCAGUGCAGUUUGUGCCGACCACUGCGGGCCAGUUCUCCGGCACUCUGCUUGUGCAGACGGACACAGGCGCUAAACUCGGCAUAGAGCUCAGUGGAGAAGCCUUGCUCUAAAGACUCACUCAACAUACCGCCAGUGGAGACCCCCAAAGCUAAUGAAGAGACUUUUAGACCUGGACUUUCUAAAGUAUGUCAAACUUGGCCUUACAGUAUGGAUAUUAUAUAUCCACCAUAACAAUUCAACAUUUCUCAAAUGAUUCAUUGUGUUUCCACCAGUUCUUCACUGUUGCAGUAACUGCUGUACAGUUAUUGUCAGAUUUCUUGUUGUUUUCUACCGUGUCAUCAGGACUUUAGUUGUUUUUGUGUUAACUGUUAAGGUGAGCUGGCCUGUUUACAGAAUUGUUACCACAAAAUGAGCUGAACGUGUUUUAAAAAGAUCUGAAUCACCAUUAGCUGAAGAUUGCACAUGCUUUAUACAGCACAAAAAGUGUCUUGUAUGUUUGCGUCCUAUGUAUUUAUUUUACGUCCUUGUUCUUGAUAAAUAAAUUC